AAGGAUGGAGCUAUAAAUAGUGGAAGGUGUUUAGGGGGAUGAAAAUCUUAUUACCUUUAACUACCUUAUCAUCAUCAGUAGAAUAGAAUCGAAUGACACACAAAAGCUCAAACGCCACUACUCUCACAUUUGACACUCCUCAACAUCAUAAAUAGCAUCAAACACUCAUUCACUCACUCUUCCUCUUCUCCUUCUUGUCCCUAUUCUUAUUCUUAUUCUUUACCAAUGGCUUCAGAUGAGAGUAUGACAAUUCGCUCAUUUAUUUCUAUGCAAGAAGAUGACUUAUUGGAAGCUGAUGCUGAUGUUGAAUUCGAUGAUCCUCAUCAUCUUCUUCAUCAAAACCCAAACCAAAACUUCUCCAGGCUUUCCAUCUGUACCAGCAGCUCAAUCUAUGGUCCUGAUGAUGAUGAUGAUAACGAUGGUGAUAUUGAUAUUGAUAUGGGCCCGUACAUGUCACGCUUGUCCAUUGAAAGCUUCGAUGGCGACGUGGAAGAUGGAUUCUCCGAUAUUGGGAAUAAACCACUUCCACUUCCUAUGAACAAAGGACUACUAUCUUCCGACUCAGACAAAGACGCAUCCCCUGCCGGCUGCUACUCACUCCCGGCAACCCCACCGAGGCGGAGGACGCGGGGGCCUACCACGCCGAUCCCAGCUGUGGUUCUAGGCUACAAAGAGUGUGCCAGCGAGACUGAGGCGGCGGACGAUAUGAAGAGCAGCAGAAGGCGGCGGAGGAUGAGGAUGAGGAGGAGAAUCAUGAGAGAGAGAUUGCUGCGUGACAGUGUGUUUUGGGAGAUGAAAGACUAUUUGGUGGAUAGUCAUAGUCGGAUGGUGAGUAGUGAUGAUCAUCAGCCGAUUGAGGAGCCGCAGGAGCCACUGCCUGUUCUCAUAACCAGGCCAAAGGGAGGGCAGAGAUCUCUGCGAAUGGAUUUGGACGAAGUCAAGGCUUGUAAAGAGCUGGGAUUUGAGUUGGAGUUGGAUACUGUUGUCCCCUCUAAUAUUAUUAUCCCUUCGACCUUUGACACUGCCAGUUCUACUAGCGGUGGCAAUUCUCCUAGUUGGCGUAUCUCUAGCCCAGGCGACGACCCUCGAGAUGUCAAGGCUCGUCUCAAGGUUUGGGCACAAGCAGUGGCACUGGCAUCCACAUCUCGACACGCAACUUCUUGACUCGGUACUUGAUUUUGGUUUAGUUUAGCCAUUUUUAAUUAGUCUUCGUGUUUUUCUCUCUGUUUUUUUUUUGGCGGCAUAUACCGGUGUUCUUUUUCUUUCAUUUGAUUUGUUAUAUGAACUUUUGAUACAAUUUGAGUGGGGAUAGGAGUGGGGGUGAGACCAUGAGAAGAAUGUCGAUCCCAAUGUAAAUACACAGUUGUAGGAAGGGGAAUGAAUACAGUUAUUAGUUUACUUUCAACAUAUUUAUUUGUUUGGCUUUUGAGGUUAUUUGUUGUGAGUGCUUGCUCUGGCUACUUAUGCUCUGUACAUCUUCUCCUACUUUGUAAAUACUAAUACACAAAAACAUGGCCUUUUAUUGCCUAGUUUUGGGUGUAGAGGAAUAAUGUCAUUUGCUCACAUUUUUGUA